AUGGACGUCUGUGCUGAUAUCAACUAUUUCCCUGCGGCUGAGGAAGAGAUCGAGAAGGUGAUUACAACAGAGGACUGGAAGCCUAGGUUCCUCGGCGUUCGAGGCGAGGGGACGAGGACGAUGACCAUCCACGACAUGCGGGGCAUCGAGGACCACUUUGAUCUGGACACGAACGGCUUCCAGUUCAUACGGCUCGCAGACAACAAUGACGACGACGACAAACUCGGCAAUUUCGAAAGCGACGAGAUUCUGCAGAACAAAUAUUUUCCAGAGCUCGAGGAAAUUUUCAAAACAAUCCUGUCCGCCCCAAGAACCGGCGCCUCCCAAGUACACAUCUUCAACCACGUCAUCCGGCGCAGCAGCAACCCCUUCGCCAAAGGCCAGCUCGACCCUUCCACCGGCCAGUGGCAGAUUCCGCCCUCGGGUCACCCCCACGUAGACUAUAGCGGACGCCCGGAGGACCUCAGGGGCACCCUCGAGGAGCUCCAGCUCCCGGCCCACAUCGAGGCCCUCUUCGGUUCAGCCCCGCGCUUCGCCUUCGUCAACGCCUGGCGUCCCCUGCGUACCAUCGCCCGGGACCCCCUCGCCGUCGCGGACGCUGCUACGGUGCCGGACGCCGACUACCUCCUCCGCGAGCGGAAGUUCCGGCCGAGCGGCGUGCGGUCGGGAAACUAUGUCCUCUCACACACCAGGGCCGGUGCUGGCGACGGCGGUAAAGAUGGGGAGGAGAGGCACAUGUGGUACUGGAUGAGCGAGAUGAGGCCGAAUGAGAUGGUGGUAUUCAAGGGGCUCGAUACGGCGCGGGACAAACCUGGUUGGAGGUGUCCACACACGGCAUUUAUCCUGCCCGGAACGGAGGACUUGCCGGCACGGGAGAGUAUAGAGGUGCGAGCAGUCUGUUUCUGGGAGUAG